UUAGCUCGCCUGACUGGCGCCCGGUAGUGAGGUCUCGGGUUCGGGAGGCGUCGAAGCCCGGGCUUGCAGGCGGCCGUGCGGCGGCCGGCGGUGGCGCCGCGCCGGGGACCCUGACGAGGCCCCUAGUGUCCCUGAGCUGGGCUUUGGCUGCAGCACCGUUUGGCUGGAGACACCUCCACCGCCGUCCCCUCGCGGUCCGAGAGAGAAGCGGGGAGGGGGUCGGGUCCGGGGACCCGCACGCAGUGGGACCGGACCGGUCAUUCCGUGCCAACCAAAUACGUCGCCGUAGAAAUGCUAGUUUGCACCUGAAAAAAAGAAAAAAUCACGGGAGUGAGGGUCACAGUUUAUUCCAUCUUAAAGACCUGGAGGGGAUUUCAUGUCCCAGUAACUUCACGCUGGUGAAGUGCUGCUCAUCAUUAAGAAAGGCAGCUCCUUGGCUUUUUACACGCAUCUGUGGAGGGUGUGUGUGUGUGUGGUGUGGCCAGAGAGCAGGGACCCAGAGUGCCUGGGAAGCCAUGGAAACACCUGGGAAAGAGGAAAUCAGUGUUGAAGAUGAAGCUGUUGAUAAAACCAUUUUCAAAGACUGUAGCAACAUUACUUUUUACAGACGUCAGAAACAGCAGCUUUCCAAGAAUAACACCUACCGGGCAUUAUUAGACACAGUUACGACAGGCGAAGACAGCACCAAGUUCCAAAUCAUCAAUGAAGUAACUAAGAUUCCUCUCCUGGCUGAAGUUUAUGGUGUAGAAAGAAACAUUUUCAGGCUUAAAAUCAAUGAAAAGACUCCACUGAAACCAAGAUAUGAAGUUCCAGAUGUCAUCAACAAGCUAAACACUGUAAGGCUGAUCUCAUGCUCUGGGGAUACAGGCAGCCUGAUAUUGGCAGGUGGAGAAAGAGAUCUGAAGUGUCAUAUCAUAGCAAAUCCAUUCAAGAUAGAGUUGAUAUCUGAGGAAGAAGUUGUGAUCAGCAUAAAUUCCCUAAGCCAGUUAUAUUUUGAGCACCUACAGAUUCCUCACAAACACAGAGCUACCACUGAAAAAGAGGAGCGAGUAUCAGCUGGCGCCUCUCAGCUGAAGAAAAGAAUAAAAAAGGGAAAGGAAAGUCAAGAGGAUCUAGGUCUAUGGGAAGAGAAAUUUGGAAAUUUUGUAGAUAUCAAAGCUAAUGGUCCUACCUCCAUUGGUUUGGAUUUCUCCUUGCAUGGAUUUGAACAUCUUUAUGGGAUUCCACAACAUGCAGAAUCACAUCGACUUAAAAAUACUAAGGAUGGAGAUGCUUAUCGUCUUUACAAUCUGGACAUCUAUGGAUAUCAAAUAUAUAGCAAAACAGGAAUUUAUGGCUCAGUGCCAUAUCUGCUGGCACACAAGCUGGGCAGGACUAUAGGCAUUUUCUGGCUGAAUGCCUCUGAAACCCUAGUGGAGGUCAACACAGAGCCUGCAGUAGAGUACACAUUUACCCAGAUGGGCCCAACUGCUGCUAAACAAAAGGUCAGACCUCGAACGGACGUGUGCUGGAUGUCAGAAAGUGGAAUCAUAGAUGUUUUCCUGUUAACAGGGCCUACACCUUCUGACGUCUUCAAGCAGUACUCAUACCUUACAGGCACACAAGCCAUGCCCCCUCUCUUCUCUCUGGGGUACCACCAGUGUCGCUGGAACUAUGAAGAUGAGCAGGAUGUAAAGGCAGUGGAUGCAGGAUUUGAUGAGCAUGACAUUCCUUAUGACGUCAUGUGGCUGGACAUUGAGCAUACUGAGGGCAAACGGUAUUUCAUCUGGGACAAGAAAAGAUUCCCAAACCCCAAAAGAAUGCAAGAGCUGCUCAGAAACAAAAAACGUAAGCUUGUGGUCAUCAGUGACCCACACAUCAAGGUUGAUCCUGACUAUUCAGUGUACGCUAAGGCCAAAGAACAGGGUUUCUUUGUGAAGAAUCCAGAAGGAGGCGACUUUGAAGGAAUAUGUUGGCCUGGUCUCUCUUCUUACCUGGAUUUCACCAAUCCCAAGGUCAGAGAGUGGUAUUCGGGUCUUUUUGCUUUCUCUGCUUAUCAGGAAUCUACGGAUAUCCUCUUCAUCUGGAAUGACAUGAAUGAGCCCUCAGUCUUCAAAGGACCAGAGCUAACUAUGCAAAAGAAUGCCAUUCAUCAUGGUGGCUGGGAGCAUAGAGAGCUGCACAAUACCUAUGGUUUUUAUCAGCAAAUGGCUACAGCAGAGGGACUGACACAAAGAUCUGAAGGGAAGGAGAGACCCUUCGUUCUUUCACGUUCUUUCUUCUCUGGAUCACAAAAAUAUGGUGCAGUGUGGACUGGUGACAACAUGGCAGAAUGGAGUUACCUGAAAAUUUCCCUCCCAAUGUUACUGACUCUCAGCAUCACCGGGAUCUCUUUCUGUGGAGCUGAUGUAGGUGGCUUCAUUGGGAAUCCAGAGGCAGAGCUGCUUGUGCGUUGGUACCAAGCAGGAGCCUACCAGCCUUUCUUCCGUGGACAUGCUACCAUGAAUACCAAGCGACGAGAACCCUGGCUGUUGGGGGAGGAACAUACCCGGUUCAUCCGGGAAGCCAUCAGAGAGCGCUACACCCUCCUACCCUAUUUAUAUUCUUUGUUCUACUGUGCACAUGUGGCUUCUGAACCUGUCAUGAGGCCUCUGUGGGUAGAGUUCCCAGAUGAAUUAGAGGCUUUUGAUGUGGAAGAUGAAUACAUGCUAGGAAAUGCUUUAUUAGUUCAUCCAGUCACAGAACCAAGAACCACUAUGAUUGAUGUAUUUCUUCCAGGACCUAAUGAGACCUGGUAUGAUUCUAAGACAUUUGCUCAUUGGAAAGGAGGGUGUACUGUGAAGAUUCCGGUAGCCUUGGAGACUAUACCAGUAUUUCAACGAGGUGGAAGUGUGGUGCCAGUGAAGACAACAGCAGGAAAGUCCACAGGUUGGAUGGCUAAUUCCCCAUUUGGACUCCGGGUUGCUCUAAGCACUAAGGGUUCUGCUAUGGGAGAGUUAUAUCUUGAUGAUGGCCAUUCAUUCCAGUACCUCCACCAGAAGCAAUUCUUGCACAGGAAGUUUUCAUUCUGCUCCAGUGUUCUGACCAACAGGUGUGCUGAUGAGAAGGGUCAUUAUCCCAGCAAGUGUGUGGUGGAGCAGAUUUUGGUCUUAGGCUUCAGGAAGAAACCAACUUCUGUGAUCACCCACUCAUCUGAUGGUAAGGAUCAGCCUGUGGCUUUUACGUAUUGUGCCAGAACAUGUGCCCUGAGCCUGGAGAGGCUUUCCCUGGACGUUGAUGCUGACUGGGAGGUCCACGUCAGAUGACGAAACAGUGCCCUGGCGACGCACACAGGAAGCUUCCUGCACCUGUCCACCUUUCUUUCGGCCUUUUUUUUUUUUUUUUUUUUUUUGAGAUUUAUAUUGUAAUCUAGUUGGCUUCCUUGGCUGAAAUAAUCUUUCACUAGUUUUAGUAUUCUAGUGAACAAUAGAUUUAAUAUUUCAAUCUGAUACAAUCUUGGCACUCAGAAAACAGAGGCAGGAAGAUUACAGCUUUGAGGCCAAUAUUGUUUAUGUAGUGCAAAUUGUCUCAAAAAAAGAAAGAAAGCCUGUAAUUACAUGCCUAU